AUGGAGACCCGGAGCGCGGACCAAUGUGCUAAACGGUGGACUGACGUUGUGAAUCCGGAUAUAGAUCACUCGCCCUGGAACCCCGAGGAGGACAAGUUGCUCCUGAAGGGGGUGAACGAAUGUGGUAACGCUUGGGUUCGGAUCGCGCGUGAAUCUCUGCCUCGUCGCAGUGGUCUGGCCGCGAAGAACAGGUACAAUGUGUUGAAGAGAGCAGAAAAAAAGAAAGCACAACGAAAGACCGGUGCUGCUGUGGCGGGAAGGGCUAGAUUGACUAACCAACAAACGGACGAGACUGCGCUCCCUCAGUCCAACACAACCUGUUCCGUCCACCGGCAAAAGAAACCAUUGCCACAAACACCUCACCACGUUGAGUCCGGGAAGAGGAGAUUGGAAACAGGAUCUCCGAGGCACAACAGUUCGCCCCACGCAUCAACUUCAAGUCGUCCAUCUUUCCAGGUUGCCGCAGACUUGGUCAGGUAUGGUGACCCUCCUUGUUACCCUCAUGGCCUGUCACCACAGAUUGUGCCCACGCGUGUUUCACCCACCGUUACCACCGCUGCGCCAAACCGUAGCUCGGGAACGAGGCCGGGUACCACAUUCUCUCCCCCUAACCAUACCACGCAAACGUGGUCCGGAGUUGUUCAGCGAUCCAGCAGACCGCAACUGGAGCUUCCCUACUUCAAACUGGUGGAGCCGACGUUGACAGCAGUGACGGGCUCUGAACAGCGCCCACAUCAUCCUCGAGACGUUCCUGCAGGCCGCCGAGAAGUUUACAGUAACUACGACUAUCAACUUCCACCUGCAGGAGCCACACCUUAUCGCGCACUGCCCACACCGCCGGCUCCUUUCCCUCCGAGACACGACUCAGGCCCGCCCCAGCAGCACGCAAGUAGAGAGUAUCGGACAGCUCUGCCCGCCGUCCAUCAUCAAGUGCUACCUCCCAGGGCACCCGAUCCCCCCCCAUCAAGAUCAGCUUAUUACUCACCCUACGAGCCAAGCUCAUCAUCCAUCCCCUACCACGGCCUCUCGUACCCCAGACCUUCCUAUUAUGGACAUUACUAA